GCAUAGUCUAAUCAUAAUAUCAUAAUAUGUUUGUGUAUGUAUUUAAAAUCUCUUAUGGUAUGGAAACUACAUGUGUGCACUGGGUGUGUUUUUCCAUUCAGGUGGAACUGAAUUGAAUGUAUAUGUGUUGAGGUGAGAGGUGAGGUUGCUGAGGUGUUUGUGUUAUGAAAACAACAGGGCCGCUUGUCCCCGACGGGCCACAGACAUGUUUUGACAGUCAGGGUACACCAGGCUGUACACGAGGGUCCCGGGCAGUCUGGGGACAACAAUCCUCCGUUUUAAAUGUCUCACACAGCCACUGCCCCCUUUAUCACUGUCCUUUCUGACCCCACCCCAGCCUGCACCUAUGGCCUCUCCCGCACUCCCGCCAAGCUGACUAACUCGACCCCCACCCGGAGCAUGGGCCUCGGGCCCGUGCUGCCCCUCACGAGCUUUGAGAACGUGCUGUACUUCUUGUUCAGCGUGCUGCUGGCCACGGUCAUCGUGUUCCUCAACGCGUCCGUGUUCUCCUCCAUCCUGCUGUGCCGCUCGCUGCGCGCGGAGAACCGUUGCAUGUACAUGCUCAGCACGUGCCUGAGCGACGUGUGCUCGGGGGUCGCCUACUAUUACUGCGGCGCGCUGGACGUGCGCGACAGCUACGACUCGCCCACGCGCACCUUCUACAUCGCGCCCACCUUCCUGGGCCUGUCCUACAUGGCCAUCCUGGCGGCGCAGGCGGACCGAUACCACGCGGUCACCUCGCCCCUCCGGUACGCGCUGCGCAUGUCCCGCGGGCGCACGCUGGCCGUCAUAGCCGCCUACUGGCUCUAUGCCUUCGUCAUCGUGGCCGUUAACAACCUGGUGACGGUGGGCAUCGCCAAGAGUGUGACGAGCAUCGGUACGUUCGUGGGCAACAUCUUCACCGUCAUCAUCAUGAUCGGCCUCAACGUGCGCCUCUUCUUCAUCGCCACGUACCAGCUGGAGCGCGAGCCCCCCACCGCCGAGCGCGAGAGCAAGCGCGCCUCCAUCUAUCUGAUCGUGGUGGUGGCCGUGUGCUUCCUCAUCGCCUGGCUGCCCAUCUUCCUGCACAUCAUCGUCUGCAACUUCACGGGCACCACCUGCUACUCGUUCCGCAACGAGGGCACCGACCCGCUGCGCCUGCUGCCGCGCCUCAACGCUGUCCUCACCCCCGUCCUCUACAUCAGAGGCUGCGCAGCGCUCAAACACACGCUGCUUACCAGGGUGUGGAGGGCGAGCUGCUGCAGGGCCAAGGGAGUUAAUCCUGUGGAAAGAUCCAUUGCACCCAGUGGUCAAGUCACAUCCGUGUGCAAGAACUGACCUGCCCCAGCAGAUGUUCCACCACAGGAAACUGGGCUUUACUGAGUACUGAGUACAAAUGUCAUGUGUUUGUAAAUAUCAUAUUAAAUAACCACGUGUUUAAAAAUAAAUCUAUAUAAAUUAUAAUUCUGUACAGAAAUAUAUUAUCCUUCACGUUCACCUAUACUUUAUUUACUACUCAGAAUUGUACAUGUGGAUAAAUGUUAUUGCUUAUUUUUAUAUAUCUUUAAUAACUGUAGUUAGUAAACAA